AUGGCAUACGGUACUCUGAUGGCGGUGAUCUGUCUGGGGAUCAGCAUUCGACAGAGCUUCGGGUCCUUCAGGAAUUAUGUCAAGCCGCCCGAUGAGCUGUUUCAGGUGAGAUUUGUGAUGCUGUAGGAGAAGGUAAACAAAAGAGUUACAAUUUCUCAGUUUUAAAAGUAAUGAAACGUAAAACAAAAAUUAUCUCAAGGUUUGGCAAACGUGCCCUAGGGACUUUUAUAACAAAUUUUUUGAAGUACUAUCUUUUGCGUCACCCAAUUUUGCGGGAAGAGACAGCCAGAAAAAAGGAGUUGUUGUUCUCUAAGCGUUAUAUUUCCCCAAAAGUAUCAAGAACUUUAGUUUCUCAAAAAAAAAACGUUCUGGCUCUGCAAAGCACGCGUUAAAAAUCUCUCAUAGCUAUAUUAUAAAAUCUCAAUUUCUUCCGAUAUUCAAAUUCACACUAUUAUUUGAGAGAAAAAUUAAAUCUAUGUCACUCUAAAAGUAUGAAUUUUGUAACAUUUUCAGGGCUGUUCCCCUGAGCUCCAACAUGUCCAUUCCUUUAAACAUUUUACCUCAACUUGUAAAACCCAGCCAGCAUUAGCCAUAGUUGCCUUUGAAGGGAUAAUUGAUGCGAUGGAGGAGUGCCGAGAGAGGAUGAGAUUCCAGCCAUGGGAUUGCUCACAGCCGGGCACAGUUCUCCAUGAACCAUCGCUGCUCAGAUACGGUAAGAGUUAUUUUAAUUUUUUUUAUUUGAAAAUGGUAAAAUACGAGUGGCAUUAUGAAGUCUAUUUUUCCUUAAAUUUUUUUUUCACAAAUUUUCAGUCAUCAGAAAAUAAAAAAAAAUAAAAAACCUUUCCAGGCUACCGAGAAUCGGCCUAUCUGCUGGCCAUGAGUGCCGCGGGAGCGGCCUGGGGCGUCUCGACGGCCUGCGCUCAGGGUUGGCUAGCCGAAUGCAAAUGUAUCCCGCCAAAAAUCAACACCGAUCAUAUGGAUGCGCAACAAAUCGAGGAGUUGUCGCAGGACCCGGAUUGGCAGUGGAGUGGAUGCUCUUUCGGGGUUCAAUAUGGCAUCGGGACCUCCAGAAAGUUGUUCACAAGAACUGCUGGGCACUUGAGAGGGCCGUUGAAGCGGCUGGAAAAACAUAAUCUCAAAGCUGGACGAUUGGUAUGAUAACAGGGGACUUAAAAAAAAUUCUUUUUAAGUCAUGGAUAAUAUUUUUCGGGAAAAUAGUUUUUGUUAAGAAAAGAAAAACUUUUUUCUGAAGUUUUAAGACAAAUUAGAGUAUGUUUCGAAGUAAAAAAUAUAUAUUGUAGGCAGUAAAAAAGACCCUAAUCCAGCAAUGUAAAUGCCAUGGAGUGAGUGGAAGUUGUCAGCAAAAAACGUGCUGGAAAAAGGUGGCCGACCUCAAAACAAUAUCAGAUUACAUCACUGACAAGUACUACAAAGCCAGGCAGCUUAUCAAUGAAGGCACCAGAGUCAAGAGCUCUGAUUUGGUAAUCAUUUUUUCAAUAUUUUCUAAAAAAUUUUCAAAAAUGCCCUAAAGUCAUACUUCUGCAGAUUUAUUUGGAACAAAGCCCAGAAACCUGUACGCCCUUCACGUACGAGGUGAAACAACGUCGAUCACUGCCGAGGAUAUGCAAUUGGAGGAACGAGACGCAUUCCAUGGGCGACUGUAAUACUUUAUGUUGUGGUAGAGGGUUUACGGUAGGUUGAUAAUCAAUUUAUCGAUAUGCUUUAGGUACGACACGAACCCGUCACCUACAAAUGCGAUUGUAAAAUUGUGUGGUGCUGUAAUUUACAAUGCAACGAGUGUCUGCAACAUCAAUGGGUCUCAACUUGUAAUAAUUAA